AUCUCUAGAGACUAUUAAGGUUGAAAAUUGUCCGAAAAUGGAGGAGCUGAUAUCGUCAUCGACACAUGAAGAAGAAAAAGUCACUCUACCCAAGUUACAAACCUUGCAAUUGAUCAAAUUGCCCGCGUUGAAGAGCAUCUGCAAUUGCUCCAGUAUGUUGAUUUGUGAUUCCAUCCAGAGUCUAAGGAUUUCGGCCUGCGUAAAGCUAAAGAGGAUUUCUCUGAAUUUUUCCCAAUCAUCUUAUCCUCCUUCCCUCAAAGAAAUUGUGGUAUCCUCAAAAGAAUGUUGGGAAUCAAUGGAAUGGGACCAUCCCAAUGCAAAGGAUGUCCUUUUACCCUUCUGUAAGUUUUUAUCACAGUCUGAUGCCAAUGAAGCAUUCGAAGAUUCUGAUUAUUACAGUGAAGAGAUCGAAGAGUUUGAUGACAAUGAUGAAAUCGAAGAGCAAGAACUUUGAGUGGGCUCUUUGGUGAUAGGGCGCAUAUCAAAUUGAAAUUGGAAUUCGAAUCUGUUACCACAAGAAAGUUGGAGGAAAUCACAUUUGCCCCUAUUGCCGUUGCUCUUGCUGUUGGGUUUUCAAUUUAAUAUAAACUUGCUAUUCUUUGUUUUUCUUUUGCUGUGUCUCUGUUGUGUGUUUAAAUAUGUCGAAUUCUAAGUGGGAAUGUUUAUUUCUUUAUCAUCUAUGUAACUUUUUUUUUUUUGAAGUGUGCACAAAAAAGACUUGAAAUUAAUUAGUAUCUAUUUA